AAAACGGUGGUAGAAAAGAAAAAGCAGGAGUCCUGAAAGAGAGUUUCGAGAGUUCAAAGCGGCGUUUCAAGAUGCGGAUGGAUGACUUCGACGUCACACCAAACGGUCAUUUAUAGGUUUUUAGUUUCAACACCGGCGCCUUCGUUUGGUUGACGUUCUUUAUUAUCUGCGAUCGUUUGGCGUCCGUUAUGCAGAACGAUGAUACAAGCAGUAGUACACAGUACUAUGACAAUUUGUACUUUGAUUCCUCUGCAGAAGAAGAUGAAAUAGACGACAGUAUGGAGACCGACGCUCCUCGAACCAAAGGUGCUCAAAAGAAAGCCGAUCGCCGUGUGUUGAGUAAUGAAGAACUGCUUUAUGAUCCUGAUCUUGAUGAGCAGGACGAGGAUUGGGUAGCGAAGCAAAUUUUGACGGCACCUCUUGAGAAACAAAGUGAAGAUACAGCGAAAACCGAUGCUAUUCUGACGUGUCCUCUGUGCUUCUCACCUCUAUGUUUUAAUUGCCAACGACAUGACAAGUAUCAGAAUCAGUACAGAGCCAUGUUCGUCACCAACUGUAAAGUGAAAAAAACCGAACGAUACCGGUUUGGAAAACCAUCGAAAGGACAGAAAGGAGAAUCGACCAUGGUACGAAGCCAGGAAGAUGACACCGCAGACGACGACACCGAAUUUUAUUACAGCGUUCAUUGUGACACUUGCGAUACCCAUGUGGCCAUGAUGGAUCAAGACGAAGUCUUUCACUUUUUCAACGUCAUUCCAACAUAAGCUAACUUUAAACUUUCACAGCAUUGUAUACAUUCAACAUCCUUAUUUUUCCUAGAAUAUUACAUAAGACUCUUUUUUUUUUGAUUCCAUCACGCGACUUUUUAACAAUACGUAACUUUUGGCCGCCUUUUUAUUUCAUAUAAACCAACCAAAUCAUUGGUGUAACCCAGUUUUCUCAUUGCUGUGGUGUU